AUGACGUCAUCUCGACCACUAUUGGUUAUCAUCACUGCGAUUGGAAUUGUGUUGAUAUUAAUUAAUAUGCAGCAAUUGGGUCCACCGGCUCCCGUGCAGUGUACGUGUCACUGUGACAAAACUACGUACAAUGACCACGUGAUAUCCCCGGUGCGAAGAUUUGAAGAAAAUCAUUGGCAACAUGUUGGACGUCCCGGUGGACGUUAUGAAAAUGACGUCAUCAACAGAAAAACUGUGGAAAAUAAAAAUAUUUCCAUUGAUGACAGCCGAGAGCUUAGCCAUGCCAUUAAGAAGGACAAGCAACACGAACAUAGUUUUAAAAACGUACAAAAACUUGUAUCAUCGACUGAUACAACAGCAAACACACAGAAUGAAAACAAUGUAAAAUCCAGAUCGAUGAAAGGGGACAUACCUAGUCAACAUACUUCAUUGGAUAUUGAAAAUGAACCAGUUUGUCAAAUUCCUGAAUUAAACCCAUAUCAUCGUAGUAUAAAUCAUCUCAUUGAAGUCAAAGAACCGUUAAAUUGCGAGUCAAUAAAUGGGCAUGCCGAUUUAACCUACCUCACCGAGACAGGCUCUCUUUACAUCAAUCACACAGUGUUGGCAGGUAGGAAUUUAACCUUGUGUAGUUACUCUUAUGUGCUACGUGAAGACGAUGCCAUCACGUAUUUUAGCAACACCACAGUUACAAAAUUCAAAAAUGGGACGGAUUUCCGCAAGGAUUUCCUUCUGAUUGACAAAAUAGCCAUGGACUAUGUCGCCGUCGUGUGCGUCUUUGACGCCAUGGAAAAUGAUUUCGACUCUGUGAAUUAUGAAAUGCACUCAGGAAUUGCACCUAACCAUGACGCGUUGAACUGGGCGAAGACAUCAAAUCCAAUGCCAAAGACGGCGCUAGAUGUAAAUAUCAUCGCUUUGGGAUUAGAGUCAACUUCCCACAUGAAUUUUCUUCGACAGAUGCCUAAAUCUUAUCGAUAUUUGACUGAAAUAAUGGAAGCAGUGGUUCUUGAGGGCUAUAACAUCGUUGGGGACGCUACUUCUGAAGCCCUAAUACCAAUGUUAACUGGGGAAAAGUGGGAAGAUUUGCCCGAAACUCGACAAGGUCAUGAUGGCGCCCGAUCUGUAGAGGUGUAUCCACUUGUUUGGAAGAAAUACAAAGAAAGAGGUUACGUAACCUUACUAGCAGAGGACUCGCCACAUAUCAGCUCUUUCAAUCGACAGUUCGUGGGAUUCAAUGAGCAGCCAACAGAUCAUUAUAUGAGAACAUAUUGGUUGAAGUCUGUCGAUCUCACCCCAGAUUACAAUUGCAUUGUGAACCCCAAAAUAUGCGAGGGUGCCAGAAGAGAACACGAUGUAAUGUUUAACUACCUUAAAGAAUUUCAAACUAAAUACGAUCCAUGGGUUAGAAAAUUUGGUUUCAUGUUUUUGACUGAGCUAUCACAUGACAACAUCAACAAUCUGGGCUGGGCUGACAGCGAUUUACAACGUUACUUAAAAUCGCUGUACGAGGGAGGACACCUAGAAAACACCAUACACUUCCUCUUCGGUGACCACGGUGCGAGGUACUCCGGUAUCAGAAAUACAAUGCAGGGGAAGCUAGAAGAAAGACUUCCAUUUAUGAGUGUUUUCAUACCGAAGAAGUUGCGAGAUUCACAUCCAGAGAUGUAUGAACAUUUACAGGAAAACGCUGAAAAACUGACCACACCAUUCGACAUACAUGCAACAUUUAAACAUGUUCUAGAUUACUCUAAUGACACAGUGAGUGGACGAGGUAUAAGUUUAUUUAAAAAGAUCCCAUUGUCACGCACCUGUGAAGACGCUGGAGUUGACACUCAUUGGUGCACAUGUCUGAAGUGGAUUCCUAUGUCAACUGGUUCUAUGGAGAUUCGCAGAUCUGCUGCAGCACUUAUAAAUCGUGUUAACGAUAUAACUGAACUAGCCAGAGAACAUUGUGCAUUAUUGAGUAUACACAACAUCGCACGUGGAGAUAUGAGUGUACCCAACGACAAGGUACUGAGAUAUACCGGAAGUAUUGACGAUGACCAAUCACUCCCUGGAUUUGGUGAACAUGCUAACGUGAACAUCAAUGAUAUGAACAUUGACUACCAGGUAACCAUCGAAACGAUACCAGGCCAUGCUUUGUUUGAGGGGACAAUCCGAAUGGACCACGUCAACAACGGAGAACAGCGUUAUGAUGUGAGCCAGGAUAUUAGUCGUAUCAAUAUGUAUGGCAGCCAACCUAAGUGUAUAUCUGACAAAUAUCCGGAUAUUGCCAAGUAUUGCUACUGCAAAGACAACAUUGAAUCGAAGUGA